AUGUUCAAGUGCUCUGAGAUAAUUGAAAUUACCAACACCUUUCGGACAGUUAUUGGAAGGGGAGGUUCUGGAAUAGUUUAUCUUGGAUGCUUGGAAGAUGGCAGCAAUGUUGCUGUAAAAAUGCUGUCUUCUUCAUCAGCAACCCGUGGACAAAAGCAGUUUCAAUCAGAGGUGGAAAUCUUGAUCAAGAUUCAUCACACAAACUUGGUAUCUUUUGUCGGAUAUUGCGCUGAAGGAAGAACUAUGGCUCUAAUCUGUGAGUAUAUGGCGAACGGAAAUUUAAGACAACAUUUAUCAGGGAAAAAUCUUAACCCUUUAAGCUGGAAAGAGAGAGUUCACAUUGCAUUAGAUGCUGCACAAGGUUUGGAGUAUUUACACGAUGGAUGCAAUCCUCCAAUUAUCCAUAGAGACUUGAAAAGUGCCAAUAUACUAUUGAACCAAAAAUUGCAGGCUAAGCUUGCUGAUUUUGGGUUGUCUCGAAUUUUUGCAAGUGAAAGUGAUACUCAUGUAACAACAGCAGUGGCUGGAACAGCAGGUUACCUAGAUCCAGAAUAUAACUACACCUUCAAGUUCAAUGAGAAAAGUGAUGUUUACAGCCUCGGCAUCGUUUUAUUGGAACUGAUCACUGGAAAACCAGCCAUCAUAAAGGGCACCGAUGAUGUCAAUAUUCACAUUGUUGAAUGGGUGAACAAAAGGGUAGAAAGGGGAGACAUUCAUGAAAUUAUGGAUCCAAAACUGAAAGGAAAGUUCAACAUAAACUCUGCCUGGAAGUUUUUGGAGGCCGCCAUGACGUGUACAAUGGCAAUGGCUAGUCAGAGGAUGAGUGCAAUGGAGUUACUUGUUGAACUAAAGCAGUGUUUGGCAAUAGAGCUAUCUGAAGAGAUAGCAUCAAGGGCUGCAGAUUUUCCGCAGGAUGGUGGCCUUGAGAUAGACACCGCUCCAAGUCCAAGAUAG